AUGCUUGAGCAGGACGAAACCAACGCCAAGGCUGGAGCUUGGACCGAAGCAGCAAAGGUAGGUACCUCGCCCAUUGCGUGUCAAUAUGGCCUGCGGCCUCUCGGCAGGACGUCCACUGACAGACCGCAGCUCGAGUUCCUCCUGCGAAUCAUCGCUGUCUACAAGGACAACAAGCCGAUGCCAUGGAGUCGCAUCAACAUGCCGGGCCGAACACAAAAGUCCCUGCAGAACCAGUGGACCAAGAUCCAGAAAGAUAUUGCGGCACUCACCGAUGGAGAUCCUGAGACUGCCUUGAAGGUCACUCCUCGCAAGCGCGGAAAGAAGGCUGUCGGCAUCGAAAACGGUGAUGAUGAUGAGGAGGACACACCUACGAAGAAGAAAGCCCGCACUCCUACCAAGGCCAAAGACAAGGCCGUUAAGAAGGAGGUCAAAAAUGAAGGUCUCACAGACGAUGAGGACAUUAUCGUCAAGAAGGAAGAGGAUAGCGAUAUGGACUGA